CCGUUGUUUUCCGGAGAGUGUAGCUAUGCAGCCGUGUUGCUCUUGAACGGAGCUCUCUUUUUCACUCCCGGGUAAAUUUACACCGACACAACGCCGUUCCUGCUUCUGUAUUUCAGCGGGGCACACAUGUUUCGCCCAGCAUAUGUCGUCUAUGCAGUCAUUUAGUCCCAAAAAAGUCUAGUUUUAGUUGCUGUUAAACUAUUCAAGCUAGCAGGAAGACACACAGUAGGGAUGUCGCGCGGUGAGCUGGAAAAGCUGGACCCGGCCGUUUUCCAAAAGCAGUUACACGGUCUCAAGUUUAACAUGGAAGAAGGCAAUAGUAAUCUAUGCAAUGACACGGAUUCAGACACAGCAGAAAAGAAGGAUGGUAUAGCCAAAUGGACUCAGGAAGAGGAUGAAAAUCUCAAAAUCCUGAUCAACAACUUUGGAAAAAAAGAUUGGAAAAUGAUUGCCAGUUUUUUACCAGGGCGGACAGAUCACCAGUGUGUGCACCGCUGGAAAAAGUAUCUGGAUCCUGAUAUAAUCAAGGGAUACUGGUCCAAAGAGGAAGAUGAAAUGAUUGUGAAGCUGGUGGGAAGGUACGGCACCAAACACUGGAGUAUGAUUGCCAAGCACCUCAAGGGGCGGCUGGGGAAACAGUGUCGUGAUCGCUGGCACAACCACCUCAACCCAAUGAUCAAGAAGAGCUCCUGGACCAGUGAAGAAGACCUCAUCAUAUACAAAGCCCACUCCAUUCUGGGAAACCGGUGGGCUGAGAUUUCCAAGCUCCUCCCUGGAAGAUCAGACAAUUCAGUGAAAAAUCACUGGAACACCACCAUCAAACGUAAAGCAGAGAUGGGCUGCUACAAAGAUGAAGCUGACAGUGUUUCACUGGAUAUCCAACAGUUUGUGGAAGGAGAGGUGGACUUCAAAUGUGAUGUUGUUUUAGACGCUGAGCCAGUAACGCCUGAAGUGGUCAAGCAGCAGAAGGAGCAUCAUAAAGUCAGGGAGAUGAUGUCUGUUCCACCGCCCCAGGCUUUGGUCUCCAAAAGGGAACUUUCCUCCUCCAGUUCAAAUCCCAGUCCUACACCCAGUCCUAGUCCUAGUUCCAGUUCUGGUGCUGUACAGGUGGAUCAGAAGAAGUACGCUGAUGCUGCCUUGAGGAUGAUUGCUGAGGACAUGCUGCCACUCAGUUUUGUUGAAGGCGCCGGCUUCAGGUCGUUCAUGAGCACCAUCAUGCCUGAAUGCACCAAGCUGUCCCAGCGGGCCAUGGGCCUGCAGCUCUAUGACGACGUGGAGAGAACCAUUAAACCUCAGCUCAUACGGGACCUCAAAGCCUGCCUCGUUAAAACCAAAGACAGUAAAAGUGCCAUUCAUGUCACCUUUGACCUGUGGACGGGGAAUCAAUCCCAACCAGGAGAGGAUCCCAUCGUCGUUGUGCAGCUCCACUUUGUCAGCGAUUCCUGGCAGAUCCGCCGUCCUGUUGUGGCCUUCCGUCACCUCACCCACAGAAACCUCAGCACUGCCGUGGCCCGGGAGCUUGAAGGCGUUCUGCUGAGCUAUGGAAUCUUUCCUGACAGCAUCGGCUAUGUCCUCGCUAACCAGGCUAAAGAAGCCCUGGCUGCAAACAACUUCUUCUGUGACUACAGGAUCAUGUGCUCCUCCAACAGAGGAGAGCCGGUUGGAGAUGAGAUCGUGACGUUUCUGUCGGACCAGAUGUCUGAAACAGAGUCCCCAUUUUCAGAGCUGCAGAUUGGAACCAGGACCACCUGUGUGGCCAGAACAUUGCAGACGGUGAUAAAAGACGCCCUGAAAACCUCCAGAUUAGUGGAGAACCUGCUGUCACAGGUGCACAAUGUGGUGGCUUUCUUCAAGAACAGCGCCUACUGGAGCGAGGUUUUGGUGAAGGAGUGCAACAUGUCUCUGUGCCCUCCGUCCACUAGCUGUCGCUGGAACUCCAUGAUGCUGUCGCUGCGUCGGAUGGUGCAGGAAUCUGCCUGGAGCGCCAUCAUGACCCUCCUGGCCCAGGCUCGGAUCGAGGCGUGCGAUGCAGCCAGCGCCCCGCCUCUGGUCAUGGUCAAGAGGGAGCAGGUGAUCGACAUCCUGGGUCUCCUGGAGCCCUUUGAGGAGGCUCUGCAGGUUCUGCAAGGAAACGGUGUGACCAUCUCCUUCAUCAUCCCUUCCCUGGUUGGCCUGGAUAAGACCUUAGAGAACCGUGUCACCAACUACACCCAUUUCAGUAAAGCCCUUCGCUCCGGCCUCCACACCCACUUCCAGUCGCUCAUUCACCAGAAGGACGUCGUACUGGCAGCAGUGCUCGACCCCAGGAUCAAACUGCAGCCUUUUCCUGAUGUCAAAAUGGAGGAGCAGACGGGUUUCCUAAUGCCUCUGUCAAAGCAUCAGGUUCGCAGCCUCGUGGAAUCCUCCGUAGAAAGCCUGGAGUCCUCGGCUGUUCCCACUGUGGAGGCAGAUAAAGAGCAGAAGAAGGAGCAGGAUGCAGAAGAAGGAAGCCAAUCCAACGCUGUAACAGAGUUAUCCGAUGGCAGCUCAGACGACAACAACUGUGGUGAAGUCAGUCAGAACGACCUCAAGCGGAAGUCCAUCUUCAACUUCCUGCAGCCGCCUGCCAAGACGAUGAAGACGUCGGAGCUCGAUGUGUAUUUAUCUGAGCCACUGCUGGAAACCACCUCCAGUCUCCUGUACUGGAGAUCUGCUAACCGGCUGCCCCGGCUCCAAGGCAUCGCCAAGAAGCUGCUGGCGGUACCGGCCACCUCCGGGGGCUUCGACCGGCUCUGUCCGAUGGCAGCGUGCAUCGUCAGAGCCAAGAGGAACCGCCUUCCUCCUCACACCACAGAGAGGCUGCUCAUUUACAAGAACUCUGUGAAGACCAAGACCGUUAAGAAGCCCAACAGGGUCGCUAAAAACUGAGAGAACACUUAAACUCUGCUGUUACUUUAAUAAGCCAACAAAAUACCUCUUCCACUGGAAUAAACCAAUGAAGUUCAUAAUGAGAAUUUCCUUAUGCCUCAGACAAAAUAGCAUUUCAGUCUAACAUAGAAUUAAGAUCUGUGGAAAUGUAAUUCCAAGGGUGCAUUAAGAUCCCUUUAAAAAUGAUAUUUUUAUUGGCACUGUUCAAACCAUAAGUUCUUCUGAAGACCUUUUGCUGCUGUUGCCUUUAAACACACAAGCAAAAAAUGUAAAAUCUUUCCUGAUAUGCAGGAGUUAAAAUAUUCUUUAAAUGUCUCUGCUAUGUUUUCCAGUCUGAUAGAUCAAAUUCAACAAUAAAUAUCAAACACCAACUUGUUUCUUUUGCAGAAAUGUUGAAAUUGGACAUUUAUUUCUCUAUUCUUUGGCUGGUAGUUGAUUCUAUCAGUGAAUGGCUGGUCAGCGCCUACAGCAGAAGGUUAAAGUAACGUAUAUUUUCCAGCUAAACUACAGGAGUGAACGGCACAUUUUUAAAAGUGCUUCUUCCUAUUCAUUAAUUGUAGCUUCUUAUAUUCUGCACACAAUGCAAACAGGCUGUGUUUGGGCUUUAAACUGAAGGACACACAGGAACUUGUCUGUUUUUUGUAAAAGCGUUCUGUAUUUUAUUAGUCUUUGACAUGUUUAUGUUCAUGUAUUUGUUGAAAGGAGCUGCAAUGAAUGAUUUUUGCUCUGAAUUAAAUUGUAGUGAUGAGUUCUGAGUAGCAGUUGGACGUUAGUCAGUUUUUUGCAUUUAUUUUCCAACGGUUCACAUUGAAUGACAACUAAUGAGUUGAUUUUUCAUAUUGUGCAAAUAAACAGCAGUUUGUCUUCUUUGA